GUAUUGCCUUUGAUUCAGACAUUUUACACACAGGCUAACACAACAUAUUGUUAAGAUGGAGAAAGCAAUGAUUCUGGUUUCUGUGCUGCUGCUGGGAUGGACCUGGACCCUCCAGGCUGUCCCUGUUGAUAUGGAUCAGGUGGAUGUUCCUGUGCAGCCUCUUGCUACUGUGGAGGUUCCUGUGGAGCAUAAUGCUACUGUGGAGGUUCCUGUGGAGCAUAAUGCUACUGUGGAGGUUCCUGUGGAGCAUAAUGCUACUGUGGAGGGCCUUAACGCAACUCUGCCUCCGUUCCGUACUGUGGAGAGUUAUGCUGCUGAGGUUCAUAUGGAGAUUAUUGCUAUUAUGAAGUUGCCUGUGGAGAAUAAUGCUACUGUGGAGGUUCCUGUGGAGAAUAAUGCUACUGUGGAGGUUCCUGUGGAGCAUAAUGCUACUGUGGAGGUUCCUGUGGAGCAUAAUGCUACUGUGGAGGUUCCUGUGGAGCAUAAUGCUACUGUGGAGGUUCCUGUGGAGCAUAAUGCUACUGUGGAGGUUCCUGUGGAGCAUAAUGCUACUGUGGAGGGCCUUAACGCAACUCUGCCUCCGUUCCGUACUGUGGAGAGUUAUGCUGCUGAGGUUCAUAUGGAGAUUAUUGCUAUUAUGAAGUUGCCUGUGGAGAAUAAUGCUACUGUGGAGGUUCCUGUGGAGCAUAAUGCUACUGUGGAGGUUCCUGUGGAGCAUAAUGCUACUGUGGAGGUUCCUGUGGAGCAUAAUGCUACUGUGGAGGUUCCUGUGGAGCAUAAUGCUACUGUGGAGGUUCCUGUGGAGCAUAAUGCUACUGUGGAGGUUCCUGUGGAGCAUAAUGCUACUGUGGAGGUUCCUGUGGAGCAUAAUGCUACUGUGGAGGUUCCUGUGGAGCAUAAUGCUACUGUGGAGGUUCCUGUGGAGCAUAAUGCUACUGUGGAGGUUCCUGUGGAGCAUAAUGCUACUGUGGAGGGCCUUAACGCAACUCUGCCUCCGUUCCGUACUGUGGAGAGUUAUGCUGCUGAGGUUCAUAUGGAGAUUAUUGCUAUUAUGAAGUUGCCUGUGGAGAAUAAUGCUACUGUGGAGGUUCCUGUGGAGAAUAAUGCUACUGUGGAGGUUCCUGUGGAGAAUAAUGCUACUGUGGAGGUUCCUGUGGAGCAUAAUGCUACUGUGGAGGUUCCUGUGGAGCAUAAUGCUACUGUGGAGGUUCCUGUGGAGCAUAAUGCUACUGUGGAGGUUCCUGUGGAGCAUAAUGCUACUGUGGAGGUUCCUGUGGAGCAUAAUGCUACUGUGGAGGUUCCUGUGGAGCAUAAUGCUACUGUGGAGGUUCCUGUGCAGCCUCUUGCUACUGUGGAGGUUCCUGUGGAGCAUAAUGCUACUGUGGAUGUUCCUGUGCAGCCUCUUGCUUCUGUGGAGGUUCCUGUGGAGCAUAAUGCUACUCUGGAGGUUCCUGUGGAGCAUAAUGCUACUGUGGAGGUUCCUGUGCAGCCUCUUGCUACUGUGGAGGUUCCUGUGGAGCAUAAUGCUACUGUGGAUGUUCCUGUGCAGCCUCUUGCUUCUGUGGAGGUUCCUGUGGAGCAUAAUGCUACUAUGGAGGGCCUUAACGCAACUCUGCCAACUCUGCCUCCGUUCAAUGCUACAGAGGACUGUAAAAAAGCACCAGAAACAGGUCCUUGUAAGGCAUAUAUGCCAAGGUACUUCUCCAACUCCUCCUCAAUGAACUGCGAGAUCUUCAUCUAUGGAGGGUGUGGAGGAAACCUGAACAACUUUAGAAAUGACACAGAGUGUAUGGAUAGCUGUCACCCUGAAGCAGAGCUCCCAACGGCAAUAUGUCUGGACUGUUAAAGUCCUUUUGAGUCGGACCAACUGGAAGCAAGUGAGAUGAAGAACGCUUCUGCACUCAGAACAUGUAAACUUGUAUUAAAACAAAUCACAAUUAAAAAAAUGUGCUUACUAAUA